CAGACAUGGAUUGUGACAUUGAGCUAGAGCAGGUCAUAGGGACUGCACUCUCCCUAGAAGACGACUAUCCGGAAUUGUAUCUUCCUAUAAGAGAGAAGCAUAAAGCAAACUCAAACAGCAUUCGUGGGACUAUAUCAGAUCUUCUUCCAGCUGCCCAAGUCCAAGUCCCACUACAAAAUAGCUGGCAGCAGACUCUACUGGAACUUUAUUCUGUACUAGGAAUUCCUCAGGAAGCCAAGGUCAGCAGGACAAUGCAUAAGAAUGUAAGUGAAGAUCAGUCUAUGGAGGCCUUGUCCCCUGGCAUCAAAGACAAGCCAUGUUGUAUUAGUGAGAGCUCCAGCUGUUUAAAAAGGCCAUUAUGUGAAGAAGAACAAAGAGUGUGUAAGAAAACCAAAUCUGAGCCCAAUGACCUUCUGCCAUCCUUGAGUGCCAGAUCAAGAAAGAGGACCAUCUACUCCAAGGAACAGACUAACUUUCUCCAAAAUCACUUUGAUGUUAACCCUUAUCCAGACUUUGUGAGCAGGUGUCAUAUAGCUCAGUUAACUGGUAUCUCAGAGCCCAGGAUACAGGUUCACCAAGAGCUGCAGAUCAUGGACAUAAAAUGGAAUCUGUAUUAUAGGUUCACCAAGAGCUGCAGAUCAUGGACAUAA